AAGUUGAAAAAAAUAACUGAAGUGUGCAUAUCUCCUCCGGGCCGGAGCCCCUCCCCUCGGCUGGGCUGCGCUGGAGGAGGGUGACCCAGGUGCCGCUUCCUCCCUCCGAUCAGGGUCAGGAGCCCAAGAGCGCGACCCUCACCGCUGCCGCAUUUUGUCCCCUAGGCCUCUCGGCUUCAGCCGGGGCCACCGCCCAAGACCCAUCGGAGAUGAGCAACCUCAAUGGCACGUCGCUGCCCCCUUACCACCAGCUUGAUCCAGGGACGGCCUAUGCCACAAUGGACAUUGCCAUCAUUGCAGCUGUGAUCACUGCUGUGGCCUUAGUCCUGGUCUGCCUCCUCCUCGUCAUGCUUCGCUACCUGUACCGGCACAAGGGCACAUACCACACCAAUGAGGCCAAGGGCACAGAGUUUGCUGAGAGCGCAGAUGCAGCCCUGCAGAGCGACCCCGCCCUCCAAGAUGCCAAUGACAACAGCAGGAAAGAGUACUUUAUCUGAAGGACAUCAGACCUCAUCUCCCUGAAUGUCUCCUCCAACUUCAGGAGAACAAAUGCAUCUACCACUUACCACCAUCACUGUUCCACAGGGCACCUGGCUCUUCCCAGGAUUCAUACCUACGAACAUGUGGUGGCUCCCCAGGGAGGAAAGGGGGAGGACGCAGGCUGAGAGAGACCUCUCCCAGGGACGCAGGGACAUAGCAGCCACCCUAGUAGGCCAGCUUUUGCUGUGGCAGGAAGAGAGCAAAUCUGGACACACAGGUCUCCCUGGGAAAUUCAGGAUGUCAUCUUAUCAAUGUGAAAGUCCUUCAGGGUGUGAGUGUGGUAGAUGGGCCUGGGAGCUGGGGACCCAAAGAAGUGAGACAUCAAUACACUGACUGGAGAUAAUGGCAUCAAAUGUCAGUCCUUGACAUUUGGGUUGGGGGGAACAGCAGGUGCCAGAGCUAAAAGGCACCUUUGUCUCCCAUUGAUCCAGCUCAAAACAAUUGGAAAUAAAUUUGAAAUGUAAUCAAGCA